UCGCGCCUUUUAGACGUAAUAUCUACACUACGCUUCACCACACCCACACCGCGGAUUUUGAGGAGUUCAAGUGGAUUAUCCAGAAUGGGAGCACCGACGUCUGGUAUGAGAAACCGGGACCCUCAUCACUGAAGCGAAUGGCCACACUCGGGCAUGAUAACCUCCCGACGCUUGAGAACUCCCAACCGAUCAGCCUUGAGACGCCCAAGAUAUGGGCGUCUGCCGCUCUGACUACACCUGUUGAUGACGACAUAUACGAUUGCUCAUGCUGCGACGGGUUUUCAGCCCUGGACGAAGCCGCAUCGGCCAUUGCAGACCUGAAACGGGAGGAAAGGGGAUCGAAUUUCUACCGAGACGUCCUCGCUUCCAUUCGCGAAAGGAACAGUGGAGAGAUCAGAAGACACAGUCGCGACGCAUCCGAGAUCGGAAAUUCUAGUGAGACCUGGUUGCCAUGGCCCUUCGAUCGUGUGGUAAAGUCCUCCGGGAUCCGGAUUGGGAAGAUGACAAGAUGCUUCGCGAUCUUGGCCGCGGUAAGCAUGAUAAUGCCCGCAGCUGCAAUGGAUCACGAACUCGUUCCUGUGGGGGCAUCCGCUGUCACCGCUGCCGCGGCGGCCGCAGGCGCCGCUGCAGCCAACGUGGUCGAUCCAAAUCACAUUCCAACAGUUGCAGCUGGGACUUGCACCGGAAUCCUCUUCCUUUGCGUAGGUUACCUGACAGGAGCGGCCAGGAGUCUGCUGGGGCCAUUGAUGGGGAUAACGAGUGUGCUAUGGUUCAUCAUGCGUAACGAUGCAGCGAUCAAGCCGGGACUCUCGUGGAUGAUCUUCGGUGCAUGGUCGAUCGUUACUCUCACAUAUCUGUCGCUGCAAUGCCUGAGGGUGACGUACCAUAAAGUAUACAUGCUCAUGGUCACGGGCUUUGCCGGCAUAUGCCUAUGCGUCGUCGCAUUAGUGCAGAAGUCCUCGAUAAAGGGUGGAAUAGUCACCGCUAUUCCGCCCUGCGCCUCAUUCGCGGCGUAUGCUGUUGCAUUCUGCUUUCCGGAUCGCCCUCGCCGCCCACAGCUACCGAUUGUGGAGCACGAGAGUUACUAGCUAAAAGAGAUCCGGACGCUUAACUCGGCCGUAGGGUUUGAGUUGGCUAAUGGUUUUGGUGUUAUCUAUUCUAUGGGUGGACUCUGUCUUAUUUGCGCUACCGGCUGCAUGGGUGGUAAUUUGUUUAUGCUCGGGGUCAGCCUAACCUGGCCUCGAUUCUCAUUAGUACUGCAAUCUACGGACUUUUGCCUGGGGAUAUGAAGUGCAAUUGGAAUUGCACUUGAUUGUGCGGGAGUGGAAGACCUUACCUGAUGACCUUCACAACAGGAUAGCCGCUGAAUCGGCUUCGGGAAACGUCAUUGAAGGCCACCAAGCAGACAUUAAACUGUCGCUUCAUCAGCAGAAAGUCGUGCUUAAG